UUACAAUGUCUCUCCAUUUUGUGUUCUUCCCAGGAUUUUGAUUUCUUCUACUUUGUUCAACAGUGGCCUGCUUCGUACUGUGACACGAGACGUAGCUGCUGCUAUCCCACAACCGGAAAGCCCGACGAAGAUUUCAGCAUUCAUGGGCUGUGGCCGAACUAUAAUUCUGGCAAAUAUCCACAAAAUUGUGACCGUGAGAGCUCUUUAGACGAAUCAAAAAUCUCAGAUCUUGUAAGCAGAAUGCAGAAGGAUUGGCCAACCCUAGCCUGCCCAAGUGGAGAUGGCAUGAAAUUCUGGGGUCAUGAAUGGGAGAAACAUGGGACAUGCACCUCCCUUGAUCAGCACAGUUAUUUUCAGGCUGCCCUUGAACUCAAAUCCAAAGCCAACUUGCUCCAACUCCUUGGGGAUGCAGGAAUUCGUCCCGGAAACUUUUACAGUUUGGAGAGCAUAAAGCAAGCAAUUGAAGAAGGAUUAGGGUAUGGAGCCUAUAUAGAAUGCAAUGUUGAUCCAGAAGGGAAUCACCAGCUUUACCAGGUUUACCUGUGUGUGGACACCUCUGCCUCUAGUUUCAUUCAGUGCCCAGUUCUCCCACAUGGAAGAGGAUGUGGAAACAACAUUGAGUUCCCUUCAUUCUCUUCUGAUUCCCAAUCCAGGGAUGAACUUUAACUCACAAACACUCCCUCAAAAACUAAUUCUCAGAGUUUUAUCAUCAUUCAGAUUGAUUUGUCUUGUAACUGAAUAAUUUACCUUUGUUUAAUUACUUGUUUUUGGUUAAUUCUGAUGUUGUUGCAUUCUUGACAAAUCAUUUGUAUCACCGAUGUAUCCAUAUAUUUGAUAUAUCGUCUUGUUUCUUGACAACAUUCAAUAUACUUUUA